AUGGAAAGAUUCGUCAAGGAAAGCAUGAACAUCAAGGACGUCCUAGAAGUCAUGAAGAUCAGCAGUUUCAUUAAUGGGUUAAAGCAUGCACAAUUAUGCGAGAAGCUGGGAGAGGAGUUCCCACACUCGUUUGAAAAUCUCAUGGACAGAGUUAGAGCCUUUGUCAGGGGUAAGGACACAGUCAGCAAAGCUAAGGAGAUGGACACCCCACCCCGAAGGGUCAACCCAGCUGCAAAACCUCCCGAAAAAGGUACACCUUACGCAAGAAAACCAGCUUUUGAUAUAAUGUUGCAUGAUAGAACGAGGCCCUCGUAUUCCCCAUAUAGGCAUCGGGGGAGAGGCCCAUCCCCCUACUCUGACAGCUUCACCCCUCUCACCAAAACCCCAAGCGAAAUACUGGCAACUGAGAGGGUGAAGAGUUCCUUCCCAAGACCGCCACCCAUAAAGCCAGGGCCAAAGGCACAACCGAACGAAUACUGUGACUUCCACCAGGGGUUCGGUCACAAAACUGAUGAUUGUAUGUAUCUAAAGAGGGAAAUAGAGGCCGUGGUGAAAACAGGUAAACUGGCCCAUUUGGUUAAGGAAAUUAAGGAAGGAGGAGGGGAUCGCAAAGGGAAAGAUGUGAGGGAGCUUGGAAGGGCAGAUGUAGACAUGAUUCGAAGGAGGGAUGAAUUUGAUACCACCAGAAGUGUAAAGGCUAGAAUUCUGGGCUCCCCAGACCGCAUGAAAGCUCCCAUUCUGAUGCCAUACCUGGAGGAGAACGAGGUGCAACGACUCCCCCUUAACAUUUCGGCCAUAAUAGCCGGCCAUAAGGUGGCCAGAAUACAUGUGGACGGGGGGAGCGGGGUAGAAGUAAUAUAUGAACACUAUUUUCUCAGAUUUGACAGGGAUGUAAGGGAUAGGCUUGAGGAGGACUCUAUCCCCCUAGUGGGUUUCAACAACAGUGUGUCACACCCCUUGGGAAAGAUCAGACUCCCAUUUAUAGUAGGGGUAGGAGAUCGUGUCAGAACUAUAAGUCUAACCUUCACAGUAGUCCGAGCACCCUCAAAGUACAAUGCAAUUCUAGGCAGGCCUGGGAUCGGUGAUUUGCAAGCACAGGCAUCAACCCCACAUGGAGCUUUAGGGUUCCAAACGCCAAAGGGCUUUCCAAGAAAUGAAAGAUUACAUCUGCAAGCUCCCAACCUUAGCUACCCCGGUACCCGGGGAGGAUCUGCUUUUGUACUUGUCUGCUUCGAAAACAACCAUAAGUGUGGUUAUGAUGGUGGAAAGGGAAGGGAAGCAGAUACCAAUAUACUUCAUCAGCAGAACCCUCAAAUGUCCUAA